ACACUACAAAAAGAGGAGGAGGGCCCGGGAUUUGCCGCCUGCCUCACAAGUGCAAAGUCCUGAGUUUGAUCCCCAGUACCACAAGAUAAAGAGGAGGAAAUGUAGCUUCUGUCUGUAAAGACAAUUGCUUUGGUUUUGGACUUGCUGGGCUUGAGGCACUGGAAGAAUAUCUGGAGGAAUAUUGUUUAAAAAGUGGUCAGAACUAGAAAUAAAAGUUUGUGGGUUAUCUUCAUAACGAUAUUGUUGCAGCUGUGGCAGAAAGAGCUCCUAGGGAGGGGAACGAGAAGUGAGCCAAGGACAGUUCCUUGGGGGCAUUUUGUGUUCAGGGAGAGGGAGCAGGAAGGAGACUGAAGAGGAAAGUGAGAUGAGUGUAUGGCAGGGGAGAAGGAGCGCUAGGGCCUUCGGAAGCUGACAGGUUCCAGCAGUGUCCCUGCAGCGGGACAGCCUGAAGGAGUGAGGACUGCAGGGCACACUGCUGACCUUUGAGGGUCAUUUAGCAGUCCGGGAAAAGCGGAAUGAAGAUUUCAGAAAAUUACGGAGCAGACGAGGAAGUGGAAGCCACAGAGUUCGUUUUUCUCCUGUCUGAACAAUGGUGUCUGGAGAAAUCGGUGCGCUACCAGGCGGUAGAAAUCCUAGAAAGGUUUAUGGUCAAGCAGGCAGAGGACAUCUGUGCGCAGGCCACGGUCCAGCUGGGGGACAGCGAGUGGACAGAGGCUCCGAACUGGAGGGUUCGGAAGGAGCGGCUCUGCAGCCAGUUUGUCCUCCGCCUGGUAUCGUGUGUCCAGCUGGCCAGCAAGCUGUCUUUCCACUACAAAAUCAUCAACAACGUCAUGGCUUUGCACUUCCUCCAGGGCCUGGGGUAUCCAUAUACUAAAGAAGAGCUGCUGGAGUCGGAGCUGGAUGUCCUGAAGUCCCUGGACUUCCAGAUAAACCUGUCCACUCCCCUGGAGUAUGUGGAGAUGCUCCUGGAAGUUUUAGGGUACAACGGCUGUGUGGUCCCAGCCACGCAGCUGCACGCCACCUGCCUGACCCUGCUCGACCUGGUCUACCUCCUGCACGGACCUGUGUACGAGAGCCUGCUGAGGGCAGCUGUGGGGGACGCCACGCCCAGCCAGCUGCAAGGGGAGAAGUUUUGUUCCGUGGAGGAAGACUUCAUGCUUCUGGCAGCAGGGGUCAUCGCGGCGAGUGCUUUCAUGCAGAACCACGCGUGCUGGAGCCAGGUCGUGGGCCAUCUCCACAGCAUCACUGGCAUCACUGCAGCGAGCAUAGCCGAGUUCUCCUACGCGGUCCUGACCCACGGUGUGGGAGCCAGCACCCCGGGGCAGCAGCCUGUUCCUCCUGGCCGGGAGGCCUGGGUACCAGGGCCGCUGCUCCCACUCCCACCCCCGCCGAGGCAGGCAGAAGCCACGGAUACCAGUGGCCUCAUGAGCUGAUGUUUUCACCCAGGCUGGCAAGGGCCCAGCCUCGGGGGGCACUGCAUGGCUGCCAGGUUUAGCCCUUGUCCUGCACCACAGGAGGAGCCGAGGGGGACAAGUGUGCCCUGCGUCCCAUCAGGCUAAGAGUGUCAAAGGGCUGGGCCGGGGUAGAUCUAUGAUGUUGGUGCAUUUCUGUCCAAUAAGCUGUUCCUGGUUUUCCUUUAAUUUCAUCAGUAGGGGACGUCAAACCCAGAGAUAAGUGUCAACCAACGUGCCCAGGAGACUCUGGUGAUGUGGUCUGUCACAGAGGUCACCUGUUUCCCUCGAUGUGAGGUCUCUGUUCUGUCACUGAGAGGCACACAAUAUUCUUCCUCUGCAAACAUUUGUUUUCACUAGGGUGUUGAAUUUUUUCCCCCACUAGUUUUUUAAAACUGAAACCAAACCAUUUUGUGUUUCACCAGUAUUGCCAACACACUUGCCCUUGAACUCAGUUCCCCCAGAAUGCAAAGUAAACAGUGGACCUCUGGCUACCACACUGUAGCAAACCUUUUAUUAGAAAUAAUGCAACCUCUCGAACAUCCCAAACAGACCAAACCCUGUCCCUGCCACACAACAGGGCGCCCAGAUCAGGGUUCACUAAGGAACCCAGGGAGGAGAGGGUUCAGUGUCAGGCUCCUGGGAUGGCACCACGUGACCGCGUCACAUGGUGGCCGGGCAGAGCUAAGACAUUUUCCAUGUCAUCUAAUGUGCGCCUCACACAUCUCAGCAUCUUGGUGGAGACCACAGUUUCUAUUCCAUAUUUUAAGUGCAAGAAGUUGAGAAAGAUAAAAUCCAGUGAAAAUACAUCAACUUCAAUUCAACUCAGUAAAAAAAGAUGGAAAAUUAAAUUAGUUGUUUUUGAGGGACAGAAGGAAAGGAAGGCUUGGGGUUGAGUCAAAACUAGGCCAGGGUUGGUGGCCGCAGAGGUGUGCCACCUGUCACACCACACCUUAAAAUAAAGUGGCUUUUGUG